GUCUAAGCAAAUCCAUAAUUGCCACCAAUUCUUUGCCAAACCUUUCAAUUCUACAUUCGUUUGAUAAGAUGUCUAAUUUUGAGCACAUUUUGAAUACAAAUCUAUUCACAAAUACAAUUUGCAAAUCAUUUCAAUUCAUAAUUCCUAAACAAAAGACAAUUGCAUUUAUCGAUGAGUUUAUGUCGGAAUCGGAGCUGUCAUUGGUUUUGCCGCAGACUUUAAUGAAUAUCUUUAUGAACGACGAGAAGAAGUUAAUGAAUUGCAUCACGUAUUCCAUCGGAGAAGUCAAGACUGAGUUUCAACGCAACCAAAUGCGAGCUCUUGAAUGUCACCUCAGAUUAGUGAACGUAUUGACAGAAUCACUGAAUGAGAUCAGUCUCUAUCAGACACAACACCACUUCAGACCCUCGACAGCUAAAAGCGAUUUAUUCCUUCAGUUCAUUCCAUUGAACUUUCAUUUGCAGAGAUGUCUGGUCUCUGAAUCCGAUUCCGUUCGGCGCAAGAGUCGCGAUAUAUUCACUGUCGGCGCCUAUUGUUGCCAUUACUUAGGCUUUGGAAGCGGAGGAAUGAAAGAAGUGUUUGAUUCCAAGAGCACGACAAAUAAUAUGUCAUUAUCUAAGACUUGGAAUUCAAUGAAGAAUUUCUUUAAAAUUAGUUCACUUCGAGACAGAAUUUAUUCCGAUUUGAAAGCAAUGAUUAAUUGCAUUGACGACCAAAUGGUUGAUAUUCAGCCACUUUUGGAGAACUUUAAUAAAGUGGACGAACUCUGCAAAGAAAUCGCUUCUAUUCUGAACUCAAAACAACUUAGUUUGGAGAACUUUAAUAAAGUGGACGAACUCUGCAAAGAAAUCGCUUCUAUUCUGAACUCAAAACAAGUGGAGGAAUCGCUCUCUUUCUGUGAAUCUGUUCGCGGAAACGAAUCCAUCAAUAGCUUAGUGGACACUAAUUUUAUGAGCUCUUCGUUUGAGAGAACAGUGUCUUUGGAAGAGACGCGGAAGACAACACAUUUUGAUGUCAAAGAUUUGAAGAGACAUCGAUCUCUCCCAAGCGAUGAACAGCAAGAGUUAGAACCAAUUGAUUUGAUUCAUUUGAAUAUAAAGGCAUCGCUUAUUAGUAUUAAUAGUAAACUCUCGAACAAUAAGUUAAAUCUUUCGCGAAAUGAUUUGAAUGCAAGUGAAAAGAAACUGAAGAAUGCAAUCGACUCUCUGUUUAAGACAUCGAGUAUUUGUUAUGCGAGUUGUGCUCUUAAGUUAGAUCGGGAACUCAUUGAACACUUCUACCGCUUACGUCUUCGGCGAGAUAUGAUAUUCACUGAAGCGCUGACGGCUCUUAUAAUCGGCACUCUCUCUAAACUUAAUUGCCAUUCAUUUAUGCAAAGAGUGAUUCAAACGAGAACUGUAUUAUCGCAACACGAGGCACUCCUCAGUUGCUACGCUGAAGAGUUAUCAAUGCUGGAGGACAUGAACUACGCUAUCAAUCAAAUCAAUACUUCAGUCAAAUUUAUAUUUGAAAAGUCCAGUGAAUUAAGUUUUCAACCAAAAAUUGAAGGAAACAGUUUUCAUAUAAGAGUUACAUUCUUUGUCCGCGACUUUCCGCUGUCUGUCAACCGGAUUGAGACAAAUGUUUUGUGUCUUCUCUUUAACGUUGGAAUCAAUGAAUACGCGACUCUCGCAGAGACUUUAGGUUCAGUGAAACUGCAAGAUUCUAUAAAUAAAGAAAACUAUUCACUGUUAGACGCCUAUGUGAACAGAUAUUGGGCUAACAAUGCAUUAGUGGUCUCACAUAUGAGUGCCCUUAAGGGCGAGAUUUGGUCAAAUAGGGCCAAAAACAUCCGUAUUUUCCAUUUGACACAACAAGUGGUGGAAUGCGUUGAAGGCAUUCGCUUUACGAGCUGUAAGAGCGCUAAAGACAGGACUUCGAUGGCCGUCACUCUAGAAGAGGCCCGACUUUGCGCUCAACUUUUCGACAUUAACGAAGUGCACGAAAUGCAAUGGUUUCAGACUAUUGUCGACACUCUUAGAAGUGAGGGCACCCGAAGGGAGAACACCAAGAAGAAUGUAGGCGUUGCUAAGUAUGCCUUCAAUUCGCUACAACUCAUGACAUUUCCCAAACUGUUGAGAGCACCGAACGGCACCUACUCUUCAAUUGAGACUUAAUUUCUUACUUUGAUUAACCGGUUCAUUGUUACCGUAAUACAAAUGUUACGC